AUGGCCGCCAGUACCUGGGGGGAGUACCUUGGAAAGACAGGAUGGGAGAAGAUCCCCUGCAUACCUGCAUACCCGCAAACCUGCAUACCCGCAUACCUGCAUACCUGCAUACCUGCAUACCUGCAUACCUGCAUACCUGCAUACCUGCAUACCUGCAUACCUGCAUACCUGCAUACCUGCAUACCUGCAUACCUGCAUACCUGCAUACCUGCAUACCUGCAUAUACCUGCACAUACCUGCAUACAGGUGGCGAAACGAGUACUAAUACUCCUUGCCGAGGCAUUGUCUAAGGCAAAGGAUUACGCUAGCCAUUCUAAGACUCCUCCGCGCGCAGGUCGCACGUAUCUGGGGACGCAACAAUUAUACCAAGUCAUGUAG